AUGUUCAAGCUCACCACCGUCCUCGCCGUCCUGGCCGUCACCGCCUCGGCCACGCUCGACCCGGCCACGUCCAACACCAAGGGCAAGUACCCGGCCAGCCCCGGCUGCUCGCCCGAGAAGACCAGCACCGCCAUCCAGGCCGCCGAGUGCGCGUACAACACGCGCGUGUCGGGCACGCAGACCUUCGCCGUCUUCAAGACCGACCACCAGUACGACAGCUCCAACGGCGCCCCCUACGGCACCUGCGAGGCCUACACCUGCACCGCUCCCACCAGCGACGAGCUGACCAGCGGCGAGGACUACUGGACCUUUUACUGGGGCUCCAACGGCGAGGACUCUGGCGUCGGCACUACUUGCAUCAAGAGCCCCGAUGACGGCACCUGCGGCUGCGAGAACUCGGACGGCACUUUCGUCUAUGGUAGCAGUGACUGCACUUAA